CCGGCGGGUCAACAGUGUCACUCCGGCUGUACGCUUACUAACAUCGCCCCGACGCGUUCUCUGGCUCCACAGUUGAACCUUUGCCGCGAAAAAUAAAUUACGGCAUAACUAACAGCUAAAAUAAUUUCACACAUCAUAAAUAUUUAAAAUAACAGGACGUUAAAGCCGAUAUUUUAUAAAAAAAAACUUGAUUAUUUCAAUAAUAUGAUUUAAAAAUAGAACAUGAUAAGGUUUUGUAUUAUAAAGUGAUAAUUGUGGUUUUGUUUGCGUUAUUGUAUAGUGAAAAUUGUGUUCUAAAUGUUUAAAUGCUUUUGAUUAGUAAUAAAAACUUUGGAAGAAAUUAAAAUGAGUUAGAGUAAAACUUUUGUGGAAGAAUAAACUUUACUAAUAAGAUAAACUAAGAUGGUGCCAUUUUGACUGCAGUUUUACAGUUAGUUACUCGAGUGCCGCAAGGCAUUGAUAUGCUAUGAUGCUGGACGAGCUGGGUCCAACAUCAGCCACCAACUGGACCACGAGCUACACGGACCUGCCCAACUACUACAUUACCUUCUACGACGAAGCCAACAACAGAUAUGUCAACACAACGAAUCCUAGUAAUAUUACACAGGUAUACCAGUCGUUCAUCCUGCCGUGGUGGCGCCAGGUGCUGUGGACGGUGCUGUUCGCGGGCAUGGUGGUCGUGGCCACCGUGGGCAACCUCGUGGUCAUCUGGAUAGUGCUCGCCAACAAGCGGAUGAGGAGUGUCACCAAUUACUUUUUAGUGAACCUGUCAGUGGCAGACGCCAUGGUGUCGACCUUGAACGUGACCUUCAACUUCACGUACAUGCUGUACUCCGACUGGCCCUUCGGCCACUUCUACUGCAAGUUCUGCCAGUUCAUCGCCGUACUCAGCAUUUCUGCGUCUGUAUUUACCCUCAUGGCUAUUAGUAUAGACAGGUAUGUAGCAAUAAUGAGCCCCUUACAACCCCGGCUCGGCAAGCGGGCCACGCUGGGCAUAGCCGCCGCCAUAUGGGCUGGCAGCUGCAUCAUCAGCAGCCCCAACAUGAUCUACUUCACCACUGAAGUCGAUCUGCUACCUGAUGGCACUACUAGGCGUGUAUGUUUUCCUGAUUGGCCGGACGGCAUCACGACUGAGUCGCAACUUGAAUACGAGUACAACGUAACAUAUAUGGUGUUAACAUACUUCCUGCCCAUCAUCUCGAUGACCUACACCUACGCCAAAGUCGGCGUGAAGCUAUGGGGGUCGAAGGCUAUAGGAGAGUGCACGCAGCGACAACUAGACAACGUUAAGAGUAAACGGAGGGUUGUCAAAAUGAUGAUCGUGGUGGUGGUCAUAUUUGCGGUAUGCUGGCUACCAUUCCACGUGUACUUUGUGGUCACCUCGUACUACCCCAACGUGGUCAACUACCCCUACAUACAGGAGAUCUACCUCGGCAUCUAUUGGCUCGCCAUGAGCAACUCUAUGUACAACCCUAUCAUCUACUGCUGGAUGAAUUCCAAAUUCAGACGAGGGUUUAAGCAAUUUUUCUGGUGCUGUGGAGCAAUGGACGCCGGCCUCAGUCGACGUCGAGGCUUCGCCCAAGAUCGCCUCGAUCGUUCCAUGCGAUCUCUUUCACCAAGCAGGAAGAAUGGCACCAGUUUAUUCAAGACCACGAUCAAAACCACAAAAUUCAUCAAAAAACCACCCGGCUCUCCUCAUUUGCUACACGCAAAUAAAAUACACAAGUAGGAGUUGCACGGACGCCAAUCCCGACUAUUUUGGUACAAUACGUAUAUCGUUGCACAGCACGUACAAUAAUCCACUGAUGAGCAGCACCUGACAUCGGCGAGGCGCGUGCGGUGCCAACAACGAACGCACAGCGAAUGACCCUCCACAGACCGAAGAACGUACGUGGAUUUGACGCGAGAACCGCCCGCGCCCCGCUCUCACCCCUCACGACCUUUACGGUUGAACGGACUUGUGAUUCGUAAGCUUACUGACCAAUCAGGAGCUACAUUACGAAAUUGGAACGUUAUUUUUAAAUGUUAAAAUAAAUAUUCUUGACAAUUUAUAUGUGCUGAAUGGUGUUUAAUUUAAAAAAAUAAGUGUAAAACUGUGUCUAAUACAGAAUCAUAUCUCUAGUCUUUAUUUCGAUGGACCAAUGUACAAUAUCGUAGUUAUGAUCUAAAAAAAUAUUGGUAAAUUUAUAACAUUAAUCCAGUGGAAUUUUUAACCGAAUAAUUUCUUUUGUAAUUAUGAUCUACGUCGGCAUUAAAGAUUCCUACAAAAUGAGAAAAUUCCUUCGAGAUCCAGGGUAUAGCAUUUAUUACGGGAUAGUAAUAAAGCUUACAGUGGUGAUAAAUUUAAUCAUAGCUGUAAUAGAAAUGUUUUCGCUGGUCGAAACUUGGUUUCUUUCACGAACUCUUUAAACUGAAAUAUUAAUGUAUGUAGGUACAUACCUAUUGCUAUAGUAGUUAUAGUAUUUUAGAGCGACCUUCUAGUAUUUUUAUUCUCACAAAGAUGUGGAAGGUGAUCGAAUGAGAACAAAAUGAAGAAAACCCGAUGUUCUCCAAACGGUUUAAGAAUGACUUUCACAAGCACAUCGGUGGUUGCGAAAAUGGUGUAAAUAACUUUGAAUAGUUUAAAAAACACGCUUUUGAAACACGCACUAAAAAUAACAAAUAUUGGAUUUAAGUCACGUGAUUUUUUUUGGUAUUCCUGACAGCAAACCCUUUCAUUUGAUGUCCAUAUCAUGGGGGUGGAUUUCAAUCAGUCAGUCCGUCAUCUUGGAGAGGCCAAAUUUCAUCCUUAUCGAAGACCGGGAAGUGGGUCAAAUUAAGAUUUCGAGAUUUGAUUUUCUUACAUACAUAGUUACAUGUGAAGAAAAUAUAAGCGUGUUAAAAAUAACUAGUGAUCCAAAAAAAUCACAUAAGAACCACCAUUAGACAUUCAUUAUGUUUAACAACAAUAAUUAUGUAUGUACCUACUGAGGUGCCAGUUAAAAAUAAUAUUUAACUAAAAAAUAGUAGAAACAUUUGAUAUGUAAUUUGUAAAUUGGGAAUGUAAAUUAAAUGUAAAUACAGUUUUAUUAAAAACAAACUACGUAUAUACCUACAUAAAUAUAAGAGAAAAAACAUAACUAAAUUACAUAAUACUGUAAAUAUUAAAUUAUUGUACAGAUAAUGAACAAAAAUAUUAUGUUUUAUACUUUAUUAACUGUUGUGAAUUAUAUUGAAAAACGUAAACGGCUUUACAUGAAACUGUCGGAAAAUGACUGACAAAUCGAUAGGAAUCAUCAAAGAAAGGCUUUGCACAAGCUGGACAAUGAACGGUCGAGUUCGAUCAAUCAUGUAUGUUGAACCAAUUUUUUAUUUCGCUGUCAUAAUUCUAUACCAAUUUGUAGAUAACAUACUUUCUUGUAUAAAAAAAUAAAAAAGUUUAAAAAUUUAUAGCGGGUUUUGGUAAAAAUUUCUUUGUAUAUCUCCUAAAAAUUGGUAGAUUAGACAAACAAUGUCCAUCUCAUUAAAAUCUUUUUACGAAUAUUCUUUAAAACAAGAUGUUUUAUACUUUGUAAUGGCUAUGAAUCUGCAUUAUGUAAAUAAUAAAAAUGUUUGUAAAAUAUUGUAAUAAAUUAUUAGGGUCCUCAAUCAUUAAGUCAGCUUUCUAUCCUUAAAAUACCAUAGGUAUACCACCAUCAAUUCAUGUUCCUAUUCCUGAAACUAUAUUUUACAAACACACAGCUAAAGCAAGAAAUACAAGAAAUACAAUUAUUUUCUGUUCUUUUAGAAUAAAUGCAAACCGAUUUUCAAUGUUUACACUAAAGUACCAAAAUAAUUUCAAGGAGCUAGAAUUUAGCAUGCAGUUAAUCGAGCGAACAAUCUUAGAAUAAUUUAUAGAAACAUCGUAGACGGAGCAAUUACGAGAGAUCAAAAUAAUUUGAGCGAAAUGACAAUGUACAAUCGUUAGAUGGUGACAGUUGUCAUUGGCCGCCUUUUAUUGCUUUGUUACUGUUCCUGUUUAUUUAUUUCAGAUGUAAUUUACUACUACUACAAAAUACAGUUUCUUCUAACUAGCGGACGCCCGCGACUUCGUCCGCCUUUAAACGUUUUUAAUCCUGCCCUUACACUAGUAUCGCUGUAAAAAUGGAGUAACUUAACUUGUAGCGUUUAUAGUAUCGUAGCGUAAUGAAAAGCAUACUAUAACCUGCCCAGGAGUACUAAACUCCUCUUUUACGCUGCAGCUACUAAACCGAUUUGGCUGAAAUUUGGAAUGGAAAAAAAUAGAUUUUGCUCUGGAGUAACACAUAGGCUACUUUUCAUCCCGGAAAAAUCCAUGGACUCCGCGGGAUUUGUGAAAAACUGAAUCGCGGACGGAGUCGCGGGUGUCCGCUAGUGAAGAAUAAUUGUACCAAGUUUCGUUAAAAUCCGCCGAGUAGUUUUUGUUUCUAUAACGAACAUACAGACAAACAGAAAUUUUACCAAUUGCAUUUUUGGCAUCAGUAUCGAUCACCCCCUGAUAGUUAUUAUGGAAAUAUAUUUCAUGUACAGAAUUGAACUCUUUACAGAUUUAUUAUAAGUAUAAAUGUAAAUCCAGCAAGUAAAGAGAAUUGUUUUUCUACUAAGACAAGUUCAUAUUCAAGUAAUAUUUAUUAUAAAAGUAAAUAAAUGCACGGUAUGAAAAAACCGAUCACGUAGAUAAUUCUAUUAUUCUCGAGCGAAGUGACUACAAUCUCCCGAGACCUUUAGAAGAUGACGAAUGAGAGUGUCAUUUUACAGAAAGCCCUCGUACGUGUGACAUUCACGGUACGAGAGUAGGAAUGAAAUGCGGUUCGUAAAUGGUUUCUCGCAUUUUAUAGAAUCCCAAGUACACUUCUACGAACUUUAAUGAAGUCUCUGGCAUUGUCUAUACUUUUCUUAGUAGAUUUUCUCUUCCGAACUAACUAGUCACUCCUUUUUUUAAUUUUGAAUAAGUACCUAAAUAAUAUUUUUAACAUGACAACGUCUUAUAAUUCGAUGGAGACGACCGAUCCGAAAAAGAUGACGUCAUGUGUCGUUCCCUCGCUCUAGGGUUGCCAACUUUUUUACAAGAAAUAAAGUUUAUUCUGGUCUACGAAGAUUAUUAGACAGUAUUUUAGAAAAACGAAUAUUUUCUUUUGAAAAAUGCAUUCCAUCAGUAUUUUCUUAUGACGUCGUCACGUUCAACUAUCGUUAACAAACCGAUUUUACAGACAACCGCUUUUUUUAGCUGAAAAAAUAAUUAUUAUACUCCACAAAUCCCUUGCAUAUUAAAAAUAAUAUACAUUUAUUUGUUAUAUUUAAAAAGGGGGCACACGCUUCGUCAUGUAAAUAAUCUCUUUUGUAAUUUGUAUAUUUAUUAAUUAAGACUAAAUGUGACAUUGUAAAUUAUAAAUGUUAAAAGCUAAUAAAUGAUGGAAAAACUUC